AGAGGAGGCCAGAGAAAGCAGGCGGCUGUGAACCUCUUUUCCCCUCCCUCUGCCUGUUCUCGCCCCCACCCCCGCGCCCGGGCUCUCCAGCCUCCAGCUCCCGGGCAGUGGCCCUUUAAACGCUCCGCCCUCCGGUCGGGAGGCCGCGUCCUCUGCUAGAGCUCCGAAGGGUGCCGCUCUUUUCCGCCGUCUCCUUUUCCCGCGAAGGGGUUCGGUUGUUGCCAACUCCGGACUGUUGUGCUGGGUUAGCCGGUAGGCGAGCCGGCAGAGCGCCACUGAGGACCUGGCGGCGGCUGGGUCGGGCCAGGACGCAGGGACCCUAUUGGCCGCCUCUGUCCUCUUCGCUUCUCGCCCUCCUGGGCGGCAUCCCGCGUCCGCCGAUGGAGCCGCAGCCCAGCGCCCGGAGCUGCCGGCGCGGAGCCACCCCCGCUGCCCCUUGCGAGCUGUUGACGGCCGAACCUCCGAUGAAUCUGUGCAUCAACACGACUACGGGCGCCCGCUAUGAGCUCUCGGUGCCCGGCGAGGAGACGGUAGAAGGGCUCCGGAGGCGCCUGUCUCAGCGCCUGAAGGUGCCCAAGGAGCGGCUGGCGCUGCUCUACAAGGAGACACGCCUCAGUUCUGGGAAGCUACAGGAUCUCGGUGUGGGCGAUGGCAGCAAGGUGACGCUCGUCCCCACUGUGGAAGCCGGCCUCAUGUCCCAGGCCUCUCGGCCGGAGCAGUCCGUGAUGCAAGCACUUGAGAGCUUAACCGAAACUCAGGUCAGCGACUUCCUUUCGGGCCGUUCCCCACUCACCUUGGCCCUUCGAGUGGGCGACCACAUGAUGUUCGUGCAGCUACAGUUGGCUGCCCAGCAGGCAGCAGCCGGUGCCCAGCUCCAGCAUAGGCAACACCUCGUCUCUGGACGGGGGGAUCCUGGGGCCACAACCAGCAACCCUUCAUCCUGCCGAUCAAGCCUCACCGCCGCCGCUGCUGCCCGAGUCCCCGUGCCCGCCUGCCCGCCCAGCCCUUCCUCGACCUCCAGCACACCCACCUAUUUCAGCCCUGCCCACCCUUCCCCCGUCACGGCCGGUGUGUUCCGGUCCCACGGCGCCAGCACACAAACGGUUAACAGCGGCACAGUUCCCUCCUGUUCUGAGGUGGAUUGUGCCUCUCAUAGCAGCAGCACCAGUCCCUCCUCUUCCUCCUCCACCUCCUCUUCCUUGGGUUCCAGCUCCCCACCCAGCAGCAGCCCAACCCCCAGCACUCGCUCCCGGAAACCUGGCGCCGUCAUCGAGAGCUUUGUGAACCAUGCUCCAGGAGUCUUCUCAGGGACCUUCUCUGGCACAUUGCAUCCAAACUGCCAGGACAGCAGUGGCCGCCCCCGGCGAGACAUUGGCACCAUCCUGCAGAUCCUCAACGACCUCCUGAGUGCCACACGGCACUACCAGGGCAUGCCCCAGUCCCUGGCCCAGCUCCGAUGUCAGACGCAGUGCUCGCCCUCCCCCGAGCUCACCACCAAAGCUACCUCCUGCGAGAAGCUGACGUCCCCUCUGCACUCCGUGGUUCAGAGCCAGAUACGGAUGUGCAAGCCCAGCGGUGACCGCCUGCGGCAGACAGAGAAUCGGGCCACUCGAUGUAAGGUGGAACGUCUGCAGCUGCUUUUGCAGCAAAAGCGCCUUCGACGGAAGGCCCGGCGGGAUGCCCGAGGCCCCUACCAUUGGCUCUCGGGCCGUAAGGCAGGCCGGGCCGCCAGCAGCAGCAGCAGCGGCAGCAGUGGGACCAGUGAUGCUGGCGGCCUAGACCUCGACUUUGAGGACUCGCUCUGGAAGCCUGAGGUCAAAGCAGACCUCAAGUCAGAGUUUGUGGUGGCCUAGGGUCUGUGCUAGGGGCAUUCCCCUCCCAGCCCCAGGUCCAGACAGAGGGCUGGCUCUGUCCACCUGUCCCACUCACCUUUGCCCCUGGCCCCCAGUAGUGUCCCCUUAAUUUCUCAGGGGCAGGGGGGGGUGGGGAUGGCAGGCCCGAGGGCCAAGGGUUGUCUCCCUUGGUCUGAGGCUUAGUUUCAGCAUCCCAGCCUCACCUCUCUAUCCCCAACAGACCGGGGCUGGUCCUCCUGGCUGGCCUCUUCCCCUCUCCUUCCUUUUCCCCUUCCCCCCCCCCCCCCGCCAGAAUCCCAACCAGGGGCUACCCCGUGUACCCAGGGAAUCCCAGCCCCCCCUGCCCUGGGGCUGCCCCUUCCCCUCUUCCCCUCCCUCCACAUAUGUAGCAUUGUACCAGAUGGUUUGAGUGAGCUAACCAGACUCCACCAGCAGCCCACCCCUACCUCCCCCACCCCACCCCCUCACCCCCUUCAGGUCUAAGUUGAUAAUACCUAAUUGAACAGACUCAUAGUGCACUUUACAGAUUUGGGGAGGGGCUGGGGGGGAACUCUUCCUCCCCAGAACUCCAGCCUCCACUCCAGGCCAGUGUAGCAGACGAGCUUUAACCCAGACCAAACACAAAAAAAGCAACCCACGCCGGCCAGGGCGUUUCAGGGCCCCCCACAUAGGGUCAUUCUGGGCUCCCGGGUGUCCUGUUAGUUGCAGUGUGGUUGGGAUUUUUUUGUUUGCUCUGGAUUUUUAAGCCCUUAGCUGGAGAUUCUGGCCCUUGGGACUGACUCCCUUCUGGGAGAGAUUUUUAGUUCUCUCUACCCCAUCCCCUUUUAUACCUCCUCCUCCUCCUCCAGGGUCCUGCCCACUCGGGGUGGGUGGGUGGGAGCCGGGUCUUCCUUCCCACUCCUCCUUGAAGGAGAGGGCAGGAAUGGAGGACAGAGGUUCAUCUUUCCCCCACCCACCUCGGCCUAACUCCCACGUGCCACCUGCCUUGAACCUUCAUCUACAGCCCUUCUCCUCCUUGCCCUCAGACUCCUGACCCCCUUGCCUGGGCUGGGGUAUUUAUAGAGUAAAUUGACUGUCUGACUGAGCCAAUUUCAGAUCUGAGCCUCUCUCCUCAGGCCCUGGGAGAGAAAGGAGUGGGGAGGAAGGAGUGCUCUCCGUCCCCCCCUCCUCCUCUUGCUCACCUGAUCUGUGUUUUGGGGGGAGCUUGCUAUUUGCCCCUCCCCGGGGGGGGCAGGGGGACCAGCUGCCCAUGGGAGGAGGUGGCCUGGGGAGACACCCCUGACCCAAGUUGGGGAGGGGCAUGGCCUUGUAGCAUUAACCCUAUUUGGGGGAGGGGACAGGCCCCUCCUGGCCUUGCCCCACCUUUUCCCCCCACCCUGUUUCUUCCCAGCCUGGCCAGCCCCCUAGGGCCCACUCAGAGCCCUCUUGAGCUCACUGCUGCCGCCCUAGUGGCUACAUCCCCUGUUGGGGGACAAAUAGAUGCCAGGGCUGGGGCAUGGGGGUGGAGUGGGAGGCUUUUCUUCCCCCCCCCCCCCAAGCUCCCUCCCCUUGGGGCCAUUUCAAUGGAUUUUAUUUUAUUAAAUCACUUGUUUCUUUUUUACGGAGAUGGACUGAGCUGUCUGGGCCCUGCCCCCCCAUUCAACCAUCUGUGUCCCAUCCCUCCUCCCUUUCCUUUCUGCCCCUUACCUUCCCAUCAGUAGGGAAAGCCAGGACCUCACUGAUCAUUUGCCCCCACCUUCCUCCCAGCCUAGAGACCCCUCCCCUCCCUGGUCUUGUGACUACGCCUCAUGUCCAGAUGUGAGCAUCUGCGUGUUCCUUGUAGCUUUGUAAUUAUUUUUUGGGGGAGGGUGGGUGGGUGGGGGCUCGAGGCUUAAUAUUUUUCCAAAGGGAGAAAAAUGGCAAAACUCGAGCUUUGUGGGGUGUUUUUUUUUCUUUUUUUAAGAUUUGGAUUUCUAUUUAAAUGUCUGCGUUGGUUUUGUUUUGUUUUUGUUUGAAUUCCUUUGAUGCCUGCUUCACAAACCUCCCCUGUCCUGGCAAGGUGUACCUGGAGGGGGGACAGGAGCAGGCACACACCAUGCCAUCAGCCUCUUGCCCACGAGGGCAAAGGACUCACGAGCAGAGCAUUAUUUCCCAGUGUUCCCUGGUGGGUUUGGGCCUCACCUUUGGCCCCACCCCACCCGCCUCCCCUCAUCCCUGCACUCCCUUUGUCCAUGUUACCUGUGUGAGAACCAGACAGUGAGAGGAGAAAACCGACCACCGUGAUUUUAAAAUAAUAAACAGACCAUGAAA